AUGACACUAUUGUGGCACAAGCUGCGUGAUAAUGUGUGUGAUGCCAACAAUCAUUCUGUGAAUCUUCACUUCAACUAUACAUUUAUAACUACUCAUUCAUCGAAAUGUAGUGAACACCAACCAUUCCUUGUUCUCAUAACACCAUCGUCGACCGAAAAAGACAAAGAAAGAGGAAUCCUUAGACAAACUAGAAUGCGAAAUAAAGUAGUACAAGGGAAAAAGAUUGUGCACGUAUUUCUGAUUGGGAAGUCGGAUUCCACAGAAGUCAAUGCAAAUGUAAUCAAAGAAAACGAAAAAUACGAUGACAUUAUCAUUGUUGAUUUCAAUGACACAUACGUAAACAUGACAUUGAAAACAAUAAUGAUUUGGAAAUGGGCAACCUAUUUUUGUGUUGAUACUACAUAUGUCAUGAAAGUUGACGAUGACGUAUUAGUGAAUUUCAAGAAUCUCGUGGGAACACUUAUCACUGCUCCGAAAACUCGCUAUGUCCUGGCUGAUGUUCACAUGAAUACUAAACCCCUUAGAGAUAAAAAGAUGAAAUGGUAUGUAAGCUUCGAAGAAUGGCCCCAUAAUGUUUAUCCACCUUACCCUAACGGGCCCGCCUAUGUAAUGUCACGUGAUGUUGCACAAGGUAUAUUUUUAUCAGCACGUCAGGAACUAUUUCGAUUUGAAGACGUCUAUGUAGGAAUACAGUUGCAGUCGCUCGGUAUUGUACCAACUCAUGACUCACGGUUCGACAGCAUGGGUAAAAAGCGCUCUAUCUGUGAGUUAAAACAAGUAGUGACGUCAAACUGGGUAUAUGGAGACCAAAUGUUACGACUAACACGUAAUUUAGAAGAAUGGGAAGAGUACUUAAAAUGUGACGAUAAUACCUAUUUAGUCGAUGACACUAAUAUGAUUGCGAUUAAAAACUGA